UAUUUAAUCAGACAACUCUGACGUUUGACAAACGCUGGUAUCUCCGAUAACAAUAUCACAUGCGAUGUACGGAUAAAGAUACUCCAAAAUGGCGGUAGAUAUCUUAGUCCUUCUUCUUGGGAGUUGGACAGUAACUGUCGCUUCGUUUUGUGACAAUGUUGCAGCACCCACAGCGUCAUCCCAGUCGGCGCCCAAACUACCCCAACUUCCGUCCACUUUCCAGACAAGGAUUGAACUAAACCUAAUAGACAAAAACACGACCGUGGACCUGGUGGAGUACUAUGACUAUGACGGUAACCGCGUGAGGAUCGACACUCUCAAGAAUUCCAUUGAAGGAAGUAAUAUCUACAGCUUUGAUACCAAUGAAAUUUUCUACGUCACAAACGGAUUCUGUAGAGUGGGAAGCAUUAAUUCGUCGAUGGGACUGGCUCUGUUCGGUGAAAUGAGAGACGAUGGCACAAUGCAUGUUAGGGACAGCAGCUUCGCAUUCAAGUUUGGCAGUAGUUACAGCGAAGUGUAUAUUGGCCAGGACAGUGUGCGGGGAAUAGUUGUUGAUCAUUGGAAAUCUUGCAUGAAAUGGGCACAGUCAAAUCGAACGUAUACGGUCGAUUACUACUUCUCAGCGGAAGGAGUUUGGAAUACGUCAUCCGGCUUUGUUAGUGUGCCUGUUCGUGCGGAAGUAACGGGACCUGGGUAUUCGGGCCCCAUGCACCAUGUGUAUGAUUACUAUAGCUUUUCGCCCUCGCUGCCCGAUGACAUCACAACUGUUUUUGAGACGCCAGUGGGAGUAAUUUGUCCAGGACGACAGAGUACUCGCGGGCUUCCUCCGAUUCCAGCCCAGUUUUACUACAGAAUGGAAGUUGUCAAUCCAGUUAUCGACUUGGUGACCACGGUUGAUGUUUGGUACGAUGAAAAGUACAAACUGGUGAGGACUGACUAUCGACCUCUGAGUCCGGGUCCGCCUACGUACAACAUCAAUCCACUGACGGAAGUACAAGACUUCAAUGCAGGUGUACGAUACAUCAAGGAUAAUGUAUAUGGGAACUGCUCUGUUUUGAGUUUGCCAAAGACAGCUUUCGGGGCCUCAGAAAACAUGUCUGCCUUCAAAACCAACGGCUCAUAUGUACUACAUAUGAAAAAUCCCCUGCAGUUGUUUUCUAUCGACUCCAAUUUUACUUUUGUGGGACAGCGUCCGUGUCGACAACUGACCUGUGACGUGUUCUCAGCUAAGAGACCGUACUACGUGGAGGAAAUGGGGACGGCGAACGCCACAAUUGAAUUCUAUUUUCUUUCUAAUAAUGAUCAUAAUUAUCCGAAUGAUGGCAACGCAGCUACUCGUGAUGUUCCCAUCCAAAUUACCAUCGACAUGGACAAGGUGGGCUUCCGCCAAGUUAUGAACAUCAUGGACUUUGACGGCAAUCACCCAGAUCUUUCAAACUUCGACGUAUCCUCUUGUUAUUCCCAAACUGCCAAAGUUCAUUUCAAAAUCAGAUUUCCUGGGGUACUACAACCUGCACUCACGGACUCGUUCAUAUACAACGCUAGGCAACAACUGGACAAAAUCAUGUACGUGUCACCUCUUCGUGUCCAAGAUGUCCGUGUAGAGUACGAUAUGGCGGAUGUGUAUCUCCUAGCAACACUCUUAGACAGAACAUCUCCUACAGCACAAUUUACGUACACCCAAGGACAAAGAUCUGAGUUUGUGGACGACAUCAUGUUUAAAAACAUCAUUGAUCCGUCAAUGUGCGCUAAGCUAUGUGUUGAAUUUGGCAACUUCACAUGCAAUAGUUUUGACCUUUGUCCUGGAAAUAGUCAGGGCUCGUGCCGACUGAGCAGACGACACAUAUCAGAAGGUUCCAGUCAUCUUGUCCAAGGAGGCGGAUGUGAUCACUUUUCAAGAACUGUUAAUGGUCUCUCAGUGACGGAGAAAACCAUAUAUGAUGCUUAUGCUUCACUAAGGAAGGCCAUUUUAUCGAAGCAGUACUUGGUACAAACCAUCAUAGAUUCCGUUCCUUUGAGAACCUAUGUUGGAGUCGAUCUUACCAUCACCUAUGGUUGGAUCCAACCUACAGCAGUACCUGUUAUUAAAGAUUUCUUUUCCUAUAGUCAGGAGAUUGUUAUACCACAGUAUGGACAAGUGUUUGUCUCAAAGGUGUGGUACAGUCAAGACUAUAAACUAGUCAGAUACGACUUCCACAAUACAAAGCCCACCGGUCCUUUCUACUCCACCAAUCCGAUGACAACCAUUCAUGACUACAACACAGGAAUUCAGUAUGCAUUGGAUAGGUUUUAUGAGAACUGUACAAUGUCUGCAAUACAACCCGGAGCCUUCGACAGUACCCUGGAUUUCUCCGAAUUAAUCACUCGUGGUUCGUAUGUGGUGAAACUGAAGAGUCCAAUGGACGUUUUUCAUUUGACACCCCAAAUGCGUUUUAUUGGCCAGAGAACUGUGAGAGAUUUCUUGACAAAUGUAUAUGAAGCUGUACUUAAAAAUUAUACAAUGCCUGGUUUAAACGGACGGUUCACAGCUAUUGUCGAAUACUAUUUUAUAACGAAUGGUUGGGUGGAGAGUGCAAGUAGCGAUGCUGGUGAUACCAAACAAUAUUUGGUCAAGACUGACAUGAUUAUCAUUGAGAAAGCAUUAGUAAUUACCACAAAUUACUACGAUUUUGAGUACUUCGAACCCGAUCUAUCACUGUUCGACGUUAGAAAAUGUUUCACAGCCACAGAUCAGCAUCAGUUUCGGCUAACUUUUCCAGGACAGUAUCAUCCGUAUUUGGAUAUCUAUGAGAAAGUGUUCCAAUUAGAAACCUUAGAACAGAUGUCAAGAGCAUCAGGUGCAUCGAUCCUGCGCUUCCAAGAACUUUCUAUCAACUAUGACCCUUUCAAUAUAUACGUUUCAGCAACAAUUCUGGGACGGACGCCAUAUUUAACGGAGUUCACAAAAUUUCCGACACCUGUCAAGAAUCUUGGUAGUGACGCCUUGUUUGCAAAUCUGAAAUCUGCGGACGAAUGUGCCAAUGCCUGUCUAUCUAUAAAUCGGUUUCCAUGCAAUAGUUUUGACUACUGUUCCGAAACCAACAAGUGUUACCUAAGCAGACAACAUGUUUCCACUGGAAACGCACCGUCAGUCAACAAUUCUUGUCAACAUUAUUCUAAAACGGUGAACGCCUCCUCGGUUCCGGCUCCUACAUUGGUGGUGGCCUACAGCAACCUCAAAAAUGCAGUAUAUGGUGGUCAGUUGAGAGUUGUAAUUAGUGCCAAUAAUCACACUACACUUUACAAAGCAGCUUCCAUUAAAGACAUUCUAUCGAGUUCCAGUGACGGCGGUCAGGGUGGUCCGAUGAUGAAGCACUUCACUGAAUACAAGCAGAAUUCUAUAAUGGUUAAGAGCGACUUCUCACUGAAUGGUAUUGCUGUGGACGACUGUGCCACUGAGUGUCUUACGGAAGAACUAUUUGACUGCCAGUCUUUUGUGUAUUGCACGGGACAGAAGCUCUGUCUUCUUAGCAAGGUUCAUCCAGAUUUGAACCAGACGUUUGUUCAACCUCACAAAUUCUGCGAUCUGUAUACAAGGCAAUAUUUGGACCAUUAUAAUGCGAAGCCCGGAACCACCUUUCCCACAAAUGCUGACAACGUCAUCAUGGCAGUGCCCACCCCGAAUCUCUGCGCAAAAGAGUGCACGGUUACUGGUAGUUGUAAAUCAUUUGACUACUGCUCAGACUCCAAAACAUGUAGAUUGAAAAAUACGCAUGAACUAGACGCACCAAAUGCAGUGUUUGAGAAAACCCCAAAUUGUAAUCACUAUUCACGAAAAUAUAUCGACGACUUUAAAUUUGUGGAGGGAAAACAGAUGAACUUUGGGAAAGUUUUAGAGUUUGAUGGAGUAUCGGUGGAUCAAUGUGCGAAGUUGUGUGUAGAAGAGGAAGAUGUGCAUUGUCGAACCUUCGCUUACUGUGAUAAAUACAAGCAGUGUAAAUUAAUGACUCAAACCCCAAGACAGGUUGGUCCAGGGUACAUCUCCUCAAGUGGCCUCUGCAACCUUUACAUAAGAGUCUAUAACCCUUCAUCUUCAUUACCAAGUAAUACUUCCAAAGUAAUCUACAGAAAUUUAUCACCACAGUCAUCUCACUCAGAUUUAGGCCUUCUUCUGGGGACAUCGUUUGGUGUAUUUAUAUUUGGUCUCGUGUUAGGAGGAGGGGCGGUUUACUUUUUCCGGAAAUACAAAAGGAAAGACGAUGAGAUCACCAUGGACAUAUUAGCAAAUGAAUCUGAUUGAAUUUAUUGAACAUUACAUUUUUUUGGAAUUUUGACAGUGGAAUAAUAGAUAUUCCUGGGAUUUCAAUGUUGACGCUGAAAGAAAUCGGCGUCCGUAGUUUGAACUCCUACCGGUGUAUAAAGUGCGGGAUUGGACCAUUCUAUCAUUACUUGAUCACCUGGGACUUGUUGUGUCCAGUACUGUUAAGCUAUAAAGAAUUUGUUCUAUUUCAUUUAAGAGAUAAAUAUAUAUUUGAUUUUAAACUGUGUCGACCGUAGACAAAACAUUAAUUAUGCGUUCGGUGUUUUCAGAAACAUCUACAAAACGGAAAUAUCUUAUCGCAUAAAUUCUGCCCAACUCGAUCAGCAUAAUUUCUAGUACAGUGCCCAACAUGUUAGUAUCAUGUGCUAUACAUAGAAAAAGCUGUCCUGUUACCUUGAAAACACCCCCUAACAAAUUCGAACAUUUUAACGUUAAAACUUAAUUAAAAAAUGCCUACAUUUCCAAAAAAUAUAACGAUUUAUGUAGAUAUUUGGAGACACAAAUAAUAUUUAGAAUUUUGAAAUGAAAAGAUAUUAUGUCUUAACGCAUCUAUAAACUCGUUUUAUUUCAUGGGGAUUGUUUAGGUACAAUUUUCUAUUGAUUAGAAACUUCAGCUUUGGAGUUGAGCCAAUUGGCUAUUGUUUUAGUAUUCAUGAAAUGAGAACAAACAUUUUAAUUAACAACAUAUGGUACUAUUGUUAAGGAUUGGAAGCUAGGCUGGAACUUUGCAGGAGAAAUCAAGCCAAUUUUACAUCGAAAAUUAUGAUCUACAACAGGAUAUUUAAAAGUUUUUCAUAUAAAUUACUAUUUUAAGCAA